UUCAAGAUAUUCCGUAAAGUACGCUUGAACUGAUAAGACGUAAUUAUUUAAACAGCUAUGAUUAAAAUUAUUUUAAGAUUAUUCAUAAUUUUGUUUAUUUUUAAAAUAACAAAAACUGAACAAGAUCUAACAAACCAAAUAACGGCCUCAAUAUCGGAAGCUUUUCUGGGAGAGCCUCUGGAUAAAUCUUUCAAAAAAGUGGGCAAUAAAGCUUAUCAUUUUGGACAAAGCAAGGUUUCGUGGUAUAAAGGCACACUUAUAUGUCGUUCACUGGGAGGUUAUUUAGCCUCCAUAGAUAGCCAGCAGGAAAUCAGAGAUCUUUCUAAUUAUUUAACCUCAACUUAUGGCACUGAACGCACAUGGUGGCUAUCUGGUUCAGAUCAAGAUUCUGAAGAUGAUUUCUUUUGGUAUUCUACUGGACGUCGUUUAGGCUAUGCCGACUGGGCGCCCAAUCAACCGGACAAUAAAAAUGGUGAUGAAAAUUGUAUUUAUUUGGAAUAUCGCAGACCUAAUUUUCAAAUGUAUGAUGGCAAAUGUGAUCGCAAAAUGUAUUAUAUUUGUGAGAAUAAAUCGAAAACAAUCGUAUUGAAUGUUUAUUAAAAACACGUU